GGACUCUGCCGUGCUUUCAUCAUUAUAAUCACCAUCCUAAGUACUAGCUCUUAACAUUUUGUUUUUCGGUGUUCAGGCGAGAAGUGACAAGAAUAUAGACCCCUCCUCUGCAGGGCGGAGCGUGCAUUUUCAUUUCGUAUUUUGUAUUUUUUAUUUUUUCUCUCUCUACCCCUGUUCCCUGCUCUGACACGUCUGCACUGAGUGAGUGGCAUUGGCACACUGUCAAUCGCUCACUACCGCUGCCAUCAAACAACAUAAAACACACACAGGCAGAGGCUGGAGCUCAUAAAUUUCAGCAGGGCAAGAUAUUUUUUGCGCAUCGCCUUCAUACAGCGCUGUGUCCUCAUUAAUUUCUGCUCGUGGUUGCUUUUUUUUUUCUAAACAGAAAAUCUCCCAACUUUUUUUUUUUUUUUGUACAUUUCAUAUUUUUUUAUAGUCACAUUUGGACACCUUAAGCCGCAGAUUGUGUGUGUGUUUUUUUAAUGCUGUCAGUUGUCGCGGGAAUCAUUUGUGCACAUUUAUAGUUGGCAACACUUGCAAGAUUUCUUAUUUGUUUACACGUUUCCACAUUGGAUAUUUUUGUUGCCGGUGCUUCGCGGGGAGGAUUUGGACAUUUUUUUUUUUUUGGAGAGGAAAUGCGCCGGGAAUCCCAUGAAGAGCGCUAAUAAAUGAGAGAUCACCAAGGAGCGUUUCUGUCUCCACCACCCGUCAAAUCCCAGAGAAAAGACAGAUUGGCAUGAGGAUUGGAGCGGGAUACGAUGGACCGUCAAUUUUGACCGAGAAGUGUUAAGAAGAAGAAGAAAAAAAAAAGAUUUAUGCAUUUUUCUACAAACACAGUCACGCGUUUUGGCACUUUGGACCGCGCGUAAAAAAGCGAGAGGACAGCGAGAACUUGGACACAAGAUUUACGCUAAAAACAUCACUGCGAGGCAUUUUUUUCUUUUUAAAAAAAAAAGAAACGUGUGUGUUCUGUGUCGGUGAAGAAUCACACACCCGUGCAUCCCCCCUUGUCUCCGGCACAUGUUGUAGCCGAUUUCGUAUAUGAGUUUUUCAAUUUGUGUGGCUCAGUGCACAGACUCUUUAGCGGCUACUAUGGACGAUCAAGCCCGGAUCAUGCAGUCGAUCGGCGGUGUCAGUCUGGCCGGCCACUCGGUACAAGGAGGCAUGGCACUGCCGCCUCCACAUGGACACGAUGGGACAGACGGGGACGGAAGAAAACAAGACAUUGGUGACAUUCUCCAUCAAAUAAUGACCAUAACUGAUCAGAGUCUGGACGAGGCGCAAGCAAAGAAACAUGGGCUGAACUGUCACAGAAUGAAACCAGCACUCUUCAGCGUUCUCUGUGAAAUCAAAGAAAAGACAGGUCUCAGCAUCCGUGGUGCCCAGGAGGAGGACCCCCCAGACCCCCAGCUCAUGCGUUUAGACAACAUGCUGCUGGCAGAGGGCGUGGCGGGACCAGAAAAAGGUGGCGGAUCUGCCGCCGCCGCAGCUGCAGCCGCUGCCUCGGGCGGGGCGGGCGACAAUUCCAUCGAACAUUCCGACUACAGAGCCAAACUCACCCAGAUCAGACAGAUCUACCACACAGAGCUGGAGAAAUAUGAACAGGCAUGUAACGAAUUCACUACCCAUGUGAUGAACCUGCUGAGGGAACAGUCUCGCACGCGGCCCAUCUCUCCCAAAGAGAUUGAGCGCAUGGUGGGAAUCAUCCACCGUAAGUUCAGCUCCAUCCAGAUGCAACUGAAACAGAGCACCUGUGAGGCUGUCAUGAUCCUGCGCUCCAGAUUCCUUGAUGCCAGGCGGAAAAGGAGAAACUUCAGCAAGCAGGCGACGGAAAUUUUGAACGAAUAUUUCUACUCGCACCUCAGCAACCCGUACCCGAGCGAGGAGGCUAAAGAGGAGCUGGCCAAGAAGUGCAGCAUCACAGUUUCCCAGGUAUCCAACUGGUUUGGCAACAAAAGGAUCCGGUACAAGAAAAAUAUCGGCAAGUUUCAGGAAGAAGCCAACCUGUAUGCCGCCAAGACUGCUGUAAAUGCGGCACACGCUGCAGCCGCUGCAGUGCAGAACAGCCAGGCCAACUCCCCUACCACACCUAACUCCGGUUCUUCAGGUUCUUUUAACCUCCCAAACUCUGGGGACAUGUUCUUGAGCAUGCAGAGUCUGAAUGGGGAUUCUUACCAAGGGGCACAAGUCGGAGCCAAUGUACAGUCACAGGUGGAUACCCUGCGCCAUGUUAUCAGUCAGACGGCAGGAUACAAUGAUGCUCUCGGGGGGAACACGAUGUAUAGUCCACAUGGCUUGAAUGCUAAUGGAGGAUGGCAAGAUGCAACGACUCCGUCUUCUGUAAUAUCUCCGACAGAAGGACCUGGGAGCGUGCACUCCGAUACCUCGAAUUGAUCCACUAUUAAUGCAUCUUCGCCUGAAGCUGGGCAUGGACUCUUUUAACCGGCUGACCAACAGCAGAGGAUAUACAAAAAAAACUUUUCACAGUGGAUUGUUUUUUUUUCCUGUACCUUAAAAUUUCCCACGAACCAUGCCACACACGCAAACUGGCAUCCUCCAUCAGUAACACCCGGUGUUUCCUGAUUGUUCAGUGUUUUCUUUCUGUCUUCAUAAAUCGACUUUAAUCACCGUGCGAUUAUUUGUUUGUCGUAGGGGUAAGCACACACAUACACAUAGAAAACAGCCCUCAGAUGAUGCUCUGUAAAGCUUCAGGAUCUGCACUUAAAAUACUGGAUGACACUCGUUUUUUAUGACAUUUUAAUCGGCUAUUUGUUUGAUUCUUAAUUUAAUUACCGCUUUCCAUUCUGAUAAUUGGGUUCUCCUUUAGUUCAUACAAUACAUAGAUUAAAGCAGCUGGUUCUUUGACUGUAAUGUGCUUGCAAUCUUGUCCAGCAACUCAACAAUGCUACUGUUGACAGCUCAAUGGCAGCUUUGUAGUUACUUUCAAGAUUUAUUUUUGCCUUACAGCCGUAUACAUUAGUAGAAGGAAAUGACUAUUCAAACUCUGGAACAUAAAGAAGUGUAAUUGAUUGCUCGACUAUAACAUGACACCAUUCCAUAUUUUAUAAUUUGAUGUUUAGUAUGUACAUAUGUAAACAUUUCUUUCUUUUUCUUUU